AUUCUUAUUCUAAUCUCCUCUGAGCAUCCGCAUAUCUCCCUUCGGUCAAAAUGACUAUUAUCAGGAAGGUUUCGAUCAUCGGGGCCACCGGCACCCUCGGAUCCCACAUUGCCAGCGCCCUCUCAGCAGCCGGCCACGAAGUCACCGCCGUCCAGCGCAAGGACUCGGACAAGCCAGUCCCCGCAGGCGUCAAGGUCGUCAAAGUCGACUAUCAGAACAAAGAUGAACUGAUAUCUACCUUUACCGGCCAGGACGUCGUCAUCAGCGCCGUUCCCUCCCCCCAACUCACCUCCGAAAAGACCAUCAUCGACGCCUGCAUCGCCGCCUCCGUCAAACGCUUCAUCCCAUCCGAAUACACCACGAUGAUGGAAUCCCCUCUAACCAUUAACCUCCCCAUCGCCAAAGAAAAGGUUCUGAUUCGCCAGCACCUGAACUCUGUCAUUCCAGACACUUCCGCCCCUACAACCUGGACCUCCCUUAACACCGGCGCUUUCUUCGACAUGGCCCUCAAGUACGGCGUCUUGGGCCCUAACCCUAUAAUCAAGAAAGCUGUCUUUCAUGACGGUGGUGAUAAAAAGAUUGCCGUUUCACUGUUAAGUGAUAUCGCCACUGCUAUUGUUAAGCUCCUAGAGUCUACUACUAAUUUCGAAGCUGCGGCUAAUCAGCCGGUUUAUAUUUGCUCAGCUGUGGUUACGGAGAGGGGGUUGACGAAGAUUGUUUCUGAGGUUCUGGGGGUGGAGUUUGGAAUGCCGGAGGAUGUUGAGGUGAGGAAACUAAUUGAGGAGUCGGAAGAGAGGUUGAAGAGGGGGGAUAUGUCGGCUAUUAUUAAUUAUUGUUAUCAGAUGAUGUAUGGGGAGGGGUAUUUGGGUGGGGAGUUUAUGCGCUGGAAUUGGAAUGAGAGGCUGGGUUUGAGGAUUAUGGAUGAGGGGGAGGUUAGGGGUGCGGUGAGGGAGAUUUUGGGGGUUUAG